UGAUUUUAUUCCAAUUAAAAUAUUUUCUCAUCGUAUUGAUAGAAGAUAAAAUGAUAAUUAGGAUUCAAUUUUGUUAACGAGUACUCAUAUAAUUACAUAGUCCAUCCUUACAUUAACGGUUCUCUUAGUAUCGGUCCUACGGAUAUGGAGAGAAAUAUAUACAGGUACAUAGACGUCAUAUGGUGAGGUAAAUUUUAGGUCGUCAGUUCCUAAAAAUCGACCACUAUCUAUUACGUUAGAUAUAUCAUGCGCUCAAUGUCUGUACUACGUCCUAGGAGCAUUACAUAGUCCAUCCCUUCCACGCCCAAAUUCAAUCUAUCUCCUUUCUUAGAUCCGUCCAAACGCUGAUUUUUGAAUUUGCAUACAGUGUGCUUUAAAUUCAUUUACUAGACUAAUCAAAUAAGAUCGUCUACUUCCAUAUUAGUCAAACCAAAAAAAAAAACAGAUUGAUGUUCCAAUCUCUUAAACUUCCAAAUUUUGUUCAGGCUCUCGUGCAUGAAUCUCAAAUCAUUAAAUAUUCAGAUAUAUUAUUAUCUCAUCAUAAUCUAGCAGUCAAACAAUGGAUCCCAAAGAAGAACAAACUACAAAGCAAAAGUUGACAAUAUCAUGGGAAAAAAAACAUUUCUGAUAAAAUUCCAAGCACCAAGUCAAAGCAAUUAUGGUGGCAUUUAUCAAUCUGCUAGCGUUGACAUAAGCGAAGCGAACUGCGAACUGCGAACUGUAUGAUUAAUUUUAAAUGUUCUAAAACAAUUUGCAAUGUUUUUAGGAACAAAGUCAACGUGAUCUCUCAGAGUCUUUCUUUAUUUAUUUUCAGAAUUAUUGGAGAAGAGAGGAAAACGGAGGAGAGAAGAAGAAGGGGGCGAAGAAAACAGAGCGAGGUUCAUGGAAUCGAGUGGUCGCGGUUCUCCUCGCUUCGCCGCCAGCAGCUGCUGCGUCGGAGUGAGUAGUGGAGGAGUUAGGCCGAGAUUCAUGGACGACGGCGGCUGCCCGACCACCUUCGUCCAGGCCGACGCCGAUUCCUUCAAGCGGGUCGUCCAGAAGCUCACCGGCCACGGCAUGGCGGCACCGCCGGGUCCCAAGAAGCAAACUUUCAAGCUCUACGAGCGCCGCGGCGGCAUCAAGACCUUCAAGGCGAUCCGACCGCCGGCGCCCUCGAUGCCGGCGACCCUGUCGCCGAGCGUGCUGGACUUCCCCUCGCUGGCGCUGGCGAGCCCGAUCACGCCGCUGGUACCGGACCCCUUUGCCCGCGCCGCGGCGGCGGCGGUUGCCGAGGAGGAGCGAGCCAUCGCGGAGAAGGGAUUCUACCUGCACCCGCCGCCGAGGAGCGCGGUGGAACCACCGAGGCUUCUGUCGCUGUUCCCCGUCACGUCUCCGACGACGCCGUCCGCCAGUUCUUCACCUUGAUGUUUUGGCAGAGAAUUAUAGAUUUGAUUUUCAGUUGUGAUGCCUGUGCCCGACGGAGAUGGAGAUGCUGGAAUAUUCCGGCGGCCGGAGAGUUGUGUGUUACAUGUGUCAAAUUGGAGCUCCUUUUCUCCGGUCGCUAUGUUCUUGCUUAAUCUCUCCACAAUCCAAAUCCUCAUUAAUUUUGACCAAAAUCCAUGC